UCUCACCAUCUUGUUGCAGAUUUCAUGAGAGGUGUUGUGGAUUCUGAGGAUCUGCCUCUAAAUAUUUCCCGUGAAAUGCUGCAGCAAAGCAAGAUCCUAAAAGUGAUACGGAAGAACUUGGUGAAGAAGUGCUUGGAGCUCUUCACUGAAUUGGCUGAGGACAAAGAGAACUACAAAAAGUUCUAUGAGCAGUUCUCCAAAAACAUCAAGCUUGGCAUACAUGAAGACUCCCAGAACCGCAAGAAACUCUCAGAACUACUGAGGUAUUACACAUCUGCCUCUGGUGAUGAAAUGGUUUCUCUAAAAGACUACUGUACUCGCAUGAAGGAGAACCAGAAACAUGUCUACUACAUUACUGGUGAAACAAAAGAUCAGGUGGCCAACUCUGCUUUUGUGGAGCGUCUUCGCAAACAUGGCCUGGAAGUGAUCUAUAUGAUCGAGCCUAUUGAUGAGUACUGUGUGCAGCAGCUGAAGGAAUUUGAAGGCAAGACCCUGGUUUCUGUAACAAAAGAGGGUUUGGAGCUUCCAGAAGAUGAAGAAGAGAAGAAGAAACAAGAGGAGAAAAAAGCCAAGUUUGAGGAUCUUUGCAAAAUAAUGAAAGAUAUCCUUGAAAAGAAAGUAGAAAAGGUAGUGUAAUGGUAUAAUUACUUGGCUUGUCUG